GCUCGUGUUUGUGCUUGGAACCCCUGUUGUUAUUGCCCUUCUGGUAUAUAAAUGGCGAAGGAGACAUCGAUCAGCAUAUCACAGUAUCGAAGAAUUCCUGCAGAACCAAACCCACCUCAUGCCAGUCAGGUACUCGUACUAUCACAUCAAGAAAAUGACCGGCGGGUUCAAGGACAAGAUUGGCCAAGGCGGUUAUGGCUCCGUCUACAAAGCAAAGCUACGCAGUGGCAGCUUUGCAGCCGUCAAAUUACUCGAUGUGAACAAUAAGGCGCCAUCCACAACCCGAGCAGGAAGAAAAGGUCAAGACUUUAUGAAUGAGGUUGCCACCAUUGGUAGGAUCCAUCAUGCUAAUGUAGCUCACCUAAUCGGCUACUGCUCCGAAGGAUCAAGGCAAGCCUUGGUGUACGAGUUCAUGCCGAAUGGCUCUCUCGACAAGCACAUCUCUCACCACGAGGGUGGUGGUGAUCAGUGCAACACCGCUUCUAGUUUGAGCUUGGAACAACUGUACCGCAUCUCUCUGGGAGUGGCACGCGGGAUCGAGUAUCUCCAUUCAGGAUGUGAUAUGCAGAUACUCCAUUUCGACAUUAAGCCACACAACAUCCUCCUGGACGAAAACUUCACCCCCAAGAUAUCCGAUUUCGGGCUGGCGAGGCUGAACCAAGCCGGUCGGGACAACAACAUCGCGACUCUGACUGCAGCAAGAGGGACCAUAGGGUACAUGGCACCAGAACUGUUCUACAAGAACAUUGGAGGUGUCUCUUACAAGGCCGAUGUCUACAGCUUCGGGGUGCUGCUGCUGGAAAUGACAGGGAAGAGGGGGAACUUGAAUGCUGCGGAGACGGAUCAAUCAACGGCUUACUUCCCUUCAUGGGUUCACAAUGAGGUGUCUAUGCCCGAGACUCCAAUUGCAGUUGGAGAAGUCAAGGAAGAGGAAGACAAUAUUGCCAAGAAGAUGGUGAUGGUUGGAUUGUGGUGCAUUCAGACGAAACCUGACGACCGUCCUCCGAUGAACAAAGUGGUGGAGAUGCUUGAAGGCGACUUGGAGAGCCUGCAAUUGCCUCCCAAACCUUUUAUGUUUGCUGCAGAAGCUAUAAGGGAGAAUAAAGAAGGGUCGUCUUCGUCAUUCGUUUUGUCAUCUGACUAUACACAAUCUGUUGUUAUCAGUAAUUAAUGUGAUGAUUAGUGAUAAUUGUCAUAGUAAUACUAACUAAUAGUAGUAAUGCAACUCUUUUAACUAUGUUUUUUUUCUUAAUUCAACUCUAUUACUCUUGUUAUACUGUACUCUUUCCCAUAGUUUUGGCGCGAUUUAUAUGAUGCUCUUAUAAUGUUCCGUCGAGUUAAUUCUUCCUAAUUGGCACUUUGUAUUUAUCCAUUUUAGUCUAACGCUUUGAUUGUUACUGGAAAAAAAACGUUUGAUGUAGAGUUUUGUAAUUGGUGAAAAACGUGUGAUACUGUCACUAAAUGUUUUACAUGAUUCCUAUGCACAUAAUAUAAGACUCUUAUUAAUGGCUUCUUUUUCCACAGGUCUGAUCUCUCUUCUUGUAGCCCUUGCAUCCGUUUAUGAUGCCCGUUUUCUUAUCAAACUAGAUGAGCAUAAUCCGUUCAUUCCUUACUAAGUCUAUAGCGUAUUCGAUGUCAUGUAUGUCGAAAAUUCUUAUUUUUCUUCUUAAUUUAACUCGUGGAUCUCUCAUUAUUUUUCGUUUUUCAGAUCCAAUUACUAACUUUAUGUACAAAAUUUAAAUUCAGGGACUGAAAAUAAAUAAAUGGCAUAUACUAAUACUAUGUACUGGUUUGUUUAAAAUACAUUGUACAUGAACAAAUUUGUUAGAAAUUAUAGUUUAGGGGCUAAAGAUGGUAUUAGCCCAACAGAGAGAAUUUAAGAUGGAAUCCAUCAGCCAAAAGAACCGCGCCCCCGCGCCCUGUCCAUUACCAUUUACCAGAAAGCGAAACAAGCAGCGGCGGCGGAGCUCCGAUUUCUUUCAUCUGCUCGUCAAACGCCGGAAAGCAAUCGUGGAUUCAUCCAAUUGAGCUCCUUCCUCCAUAGAGAAACUAAAAAAGCCUUCCUAUCUUCUCCGCUAGAGCGUUUGCUUGUGUAGGCUCAGUUCAGCUCUCUGAUAAACUUUCUCUCAACAUGGACGCGGAACACGAAGGUUUGUUCAGGUGACGGUUUACUUUGUUUUCUUCAGUUGAAUUCUCCAUUUGUUGAAAAAGACAAGCUUUUUCUGCUUCUGGCAGUCAAGGAUUCGGAAGAUGAGACUAAUGAGGAAGAGGAGCAGCAAGAGAUGGGGAAGAAAAUGGUUGCUAAAGGGCGCAAAAAAGAUGCAUUGGAAAGAUUCAAGUAAAAGGUUAGUGUUUCC